GAGCAGAGCAGAGUAGCAAAGGCAGUCGUCACACAGAAGCAAAUGCAGCGCUGAGGUGUCACUACAGCCAUAAAAAAUGAUGUUGAAGCCUACACGAUGCCAAGAACGACUAUGAAUCACCCACAGAGACAGAGAGACAUUCAGCAGCCAGCACAGUGCCAAACAACAAUCAAGCAUAGUGCUGAGUUGCAGUUCUCUGUAGCAGCAAUUGUCAAACAACAAAUGUGAUGAAUGUCACGAGUGUAAAUGAGAAGUUAAGCCAAGUUACUGGAGAGUCGAAAGCUUUGCCGUUUUUAACAGGAAAACAAAGGAGUCACGUGUGGCCUGGAUCUCAAGUCACAUUUGACCAUGGAGGCACUGAGAUUCAAAUGUGUGCAACUUAAUGAGUUGCAGACCUUGAACAUUUCAAAUGAACAUAUUUACUGACAUUAUAUGUGAGCUUGAGGCUUAUGAUGAACAUGUCUGCUUUUCAAAAAAAAUUACCUGAAAAGAAAAUACAACGAUGCUUCACAUAAAGCUCCAGCCAUGAUCUGAUCUGGUCGUCUCCAGCGAAGCACCAGCAACGAUGUCAAAGCUGUUGCUGGGCAUCAUCCUGUCCCUCCUCAUCCUUCUGACUGUCGGUGGUAACGUGCUGGUGUGCCUGGCUGUCUGCGCGUCUCGACGCCUCCGCUGCCUCACUAAUUGUUUCAUUGUGUCGCUGGCUGUGACAGACCUGCUGCUCGGCCUCUUAGUCCUCCCUUUCUCCGCCCUCGCCCAGCUUAACGACGAGUGGCCGCUUGGCCCCGUGUUCUGCAACUUCUACAUCUCCAUGGACGUUAUGCUGUGCACCGCCUCGAUCCUCACACUCCUGGCCAUCAGCGUGGACCGGUACCUGGCAGUGACCAUGCCUCUGAGAUAUACCUCAAUAGUGUUGCCAUGGAGAGUUGCUGUAGCCAUGGCGAGUGUCUGGACAGUGUCCGUGGCCGUGUCUUUUCUGCCUAUCCAAAUGGGAUGGAACACUGUGAAUGGGACGGUGCAGAACCAAGGGCCUUGGGCUUCAGAGAGAAAGUGUCGUUUUGAGCUGAACGGACCCUACGUUCUUACCGACUCCCUUCUCACCUUCUACCUGCCUCUGGUGGCCAUGUGCUGGACCUACCUCCAAAUACUCCGCAUUGCGCGGGCACAGGCUAAGCGCAUCGUCAGUGCCCGACCCACUUGCACCACCACCUACAACUGCAGGAACAAUCCGCCCACCACCACCACUGUGGUCUCCAGCGUUACAGUAGUGGCGCUGAGAGAGCACAAAGCCACAGUGACCCUGGCAGCAGUGAUAGGUGCUUUUGUAGUGUGUUGGUUACCUUAUUUCAUCCUAUUCACUGUGUUGGGUCUACAGGAACAUCCAGACCCUAGCAUAGUACCUCAGUAUCCCAUUGUGUUGUGGCUGGGCUACGCCAACUCAGCCCUCAACCCUAUCCUCUAUGGAGCCCUCAACAGGGACUUCAGGGAAGCCUACACCCAUCUACUGAGAUGCCGAUGCCCUUUAAACAGUGGGUGGAGGAGCAGACAGCCGUCCCCCAGUGUCACAGCAGCCAGAGACCAGCUUACAGAGGUGACACUGCUGUGCGGCCACACCCCUGUCACCUGCGGGGAAGGUCUAACAGAGCAAAAUGUCAUGCUUCAAGAAAUGAACAGCAGGGCAGCAACAGCAGCUAUUCAGUUUGCAAAUGGCAAUGCCACCACAGACGUCAAUGGCAAUGAAAGGUCGAGCUGAGCCUUCCCUGCUGAGGUGAAUGCUGUGUUCACGAUACAACCCGGUGUCAGCCUGAGGAGAAGGAGCGACAGACAGACAAAAGAUGGACAGAGACGUUGAGCUCCUCUAUUCCUUCAGUGCCACAGCAGAAACGCCCAUAAGAACACCAUGUAAGUGGAUAUACAUGGUUACCGACAUCCCUACAGUUUCCACCAUGUGGGGCCCAGAACAAGUGAACUGUGAUACACAGAUCCUAGCUGUGUCAUCUACAGUGCAUCAGGCCAUAUGGCAAUAUGCUUAUUAGGCCAAGAAAUGUGCUUUCAGCACAGAGGAGACACGUUAUCCGGUUUCACAUUCCGCUUCCAUUUCUUUGUUCGCAUUUUGUGAAUAACACCGGCUAAUCGGUCUGCUCGUUUUAUGUGCAUGUUUCCUUAUUGUCAGUUAAAGCAGCGACACAACAAAGGCAUGUUUCUUCAUGAUUACGGAUGCACUGUAAAAGCUCAACGGAUUCGGUGCAGAAAUUAACACACAAUCUCAACCGAAGCCACAAUAAGGUUUGUAUUUCAUGUGUACACUACCAGGCAACAGUCUGGACACACAUUCUCAUUCAAUUCAAUCAGAAGGCGUGUCCAGACUUUGGCAGUGUAUGUGUGUAAAUAAAGAGUCUUACCAAAUAUAAGUUCAACCCUAAACGACACUUGCCGACGUUUGCCACGUCAGCCAACAAAAGAUUAAACCUAUAACCUGAGUAUGAACAAUAUUUUUUAUAGCAGUUGUCGGCAGAUAAAGUUUAAACAAAGGGGAAAGCAGAAAUCCUCAGAGCACACAGAAAGAAAGACAAUAUUAAAUCUUACAGAACGUAUCUUCGAUUUACGGACGGAUUACUCGAUAGCCAACACUCCAGUGAGCCAAUGCUCAGCUACACAAAGGGCAAGGAGGUUUAAUUAUAACCAGGAAUAAAGAUUUGGCAAUUGUCUUUUUUUGUGUGUGUCUGGAUUUUCUUUGACAAAUUUCUGCUUUUCAACAUGAACAAUACAUUAAUGGAAAUGAAGGUUUUUUUAAAAGCAUACUGAAUAUCGCGUGCACAGAACCAGUCCUACCUCCUAAAAUGUUUAUUAUAACCCCUGAAUUGUAUGUGAUGGACGCGGCAGACAGGAGAACACUUGUACCGAAAGAAUGUAGCCCACGCUCACACCAUAAUGUUGAAGUAGUUUAAGUGAAUGUCAAGUUUCUCAGUCAUCCAUGGCCAUGGUGUAUCCCAAAGAUGUAAGUGAAGGUUUCUUUCCUCUCCGUGCUAUAGACGCCGAACUCUUGAUCCUUUUCAUUUGUGUCUCUACGUUAAAGCUCACUCUAGCCAUUAUUUAGCAAACAAAAAAAAUCGGAAACUCUACACCUAAUUGGUAUGAACCACUGAACAGCUGGCCUCAGUCUCUGCAGCCCCGGACAAAUGAGGAUGCUUCUACGUGGAUGGAGCUCAAGUUGUUUAACGCAAUUAUUUGACUGGAACCAACCUUCACGCGGGGCAACCUCUGGCCCCAAAAUGCUCCCGGGCUAAUAGUGGAUAAUACUGGAGUUCUGCUGAACGCCUGACAAUUAACUCUUUUGGUAAAUAAAUGUGAGGAACUACUUGACUUUUUUUUUUUUAAUGCUGACUCAAGAGUGCACUCCAGUGGAAACACAAAGUACCACAUCUUCAAAAUGGACAAAGUUAAUGGACAUUUAAUUAAAAAAAAAAAAAGAAAAAAAAAAGAAAUCAAUCAAAAGGAAGAGAUAUAAAAUAACUUUUGUUUCUCUUACCCAUGUGUUUAAAUGUGUGACCUAUGAAUGUGUAGCAUGCGAAACGCUGUUUCUAAGAAUGCAGCCACCUUCAGAUAUUCCUUUACUGUUGAUAAUUUUGCGAUGUAAAAGUGGCAAAUGUAUGCAUCAAAUCAUAAAUGUAGCCAGACACUGAAAAAAAAGGCAUGUACUGUUUCUUCAAAAUAAAAAAUAAAUCACAAUCACACAAAUAAAGAGCAGCUUAAAUAAAGAGCAGCUUAA